UAUAUUCUAAUGUGUUUUUUGAAACCUUUGCCAUAUGGCAAUAGUGUACAUUUAAUGCGAAUUAAUUUAUAUAAAAGAUCUAGUUAUAAUUAGAUUUCUGAAAUGGCGCCGCAAUUGCGAAUUUUAUCUAAUGUUAUAGAGCGUUUAAAAAACAUAAAAAAUGGUGUAACAGGUCAUUUAUAUGGUGUAAUGUAUGAUAAUACAUUAACAGUAUUAACAUUUAGCGUAAAUAUAAUGAAUAAUAUUGAAGUUAACAUAAAUCAUACAAUGUUACAAUUACAUAUGUCUGCAGAAGUAUAUCUUUGUGGUAUUUUACAUGUUGGUGAAUGUGAAGAAAAAUUUAUUGAUGCAUUUCAGGAUAUUGAUAUCACAGAUAAUCCAUUAUUUUUAAAAUAUACACAUGAUAAUUUAAAGAUACAGGCAUAUUUUUAUAUUCAUUUAAAACUUGAAUCUAUUAAUGAUAUAAAAAUCAUUAAUGAAAGUGAUAUUUGUCAAGAAUUUAUUUACAUUCGAUUAAGAGGAAGCUUACCAUUAAUUGCACAGGAUGAUAAUAUAAUGGAAGUGUUAAAAGAAUCAAGAAAAAAUAUUGUGUCAGGAAAAAUAGGAAUUCAUUUUCCAUCAAAAAAUGCUUUUCUUUUCAAUAAUGAAAAUAUUAUAAAAGAUAUAUCUUUAAAAGAGAUUCUAAACAUAUCUGGUAAUUAUGAAGGAACUAGAAAUAUAAAAAAAGACAUUAUGAAACCUAUGGGAAUAGUGAAUGCUGUAAAUGCUUAUAUACUUUUAAAAAUGUCUGGAGAUAAACAUUCUGAAGAUAAUAUUAAAUAUGCACCAGUACUUCAAUAUAUAAAACGAUCAUUUAAUAGUUUGGAAUGCAAUUUAUUUAUUGAUACAUUAUCUUUGGUCAAUAUUAAUGUAAGUUCAGCAGAUUUAUAUGGAAUAUUGGUAGAAUCUAUGUGUCGAAAUAUUAAAUUGGUAGAAAAAUGUUUUGAAAAUCAACUUCAAAGAUCAGAAACACCCAUAAAACUUCCAAUACCUAUACAUUUUAAACCUCAAGGUUUUGGACAUUUGAUCACAGUAGUCUAUCCAAAUGGUUAUAGUGAUAAAGAAACAAUAGAAUAUCGUGAAAAUUUACAUAAAAUUUUGGGAUUAGAUAUGACAAGACCUUAUUUCCGUUGCGGAAAUGCUGUAAAAUUUUGUAAUGAUUCAAAAACAGAAAGUAUACUUAUAAAUCCUCAUGAAGCAAUUGUGGUAAAGGAUGAUAUAAUAAACAGCAAUUGGAAAGUACAAAUUGUACAAGGUUUAUAUAUAUAUUAUCAUUAUAUGCAAGAUAAUUUUGAUGAUAAUGGGUGGGGAUGUGCAUAUAGAUCUCUACAAACUAUUAUUUCAUGGUUUAGAUUACAAGGUUAUACUGAAAUACCAAUACCAUCACAUCGUGUAAUACAAAAAUGUUUAGUUGAUAUAGGCGACAAACCUUCAAAUUUUAUUAAUAGUAAACAAUGGAUUGGUUCUACGGAAGUAGGUUUUGUAUUAGAAAGUCUUUUGGAUAUCAGUGUUAAAGUACUCUGUGCGUCUACAGGUGAAGAAGUAUCAUCAUUAGCUCCAAAUCUACUACAUCAUUUUCAAACACAGGGUACACCAAUAAUGAUUGGUGGAGGAGUAUUAGCACAUACAAUUUUAGGAAUUAGUUAUGAUCAAAUUACUGGAGAUGUUAAAUUUUUAAUCUUAGAUCCUCAUUAUGUAGGCCCUGAACAUUUGCCAACUAUAAUAAAUAAAGGAUGGUGUGGAUGGAAAUCAAAAGAUUUUUGGAAAAAAGAUGCAUUUUAUAAUAUGUGUCUUCCUCAGAGGCCAGUAUGUAUUUGAUUAUAAAAAUUAAAAAUUCAAAAAAAGUUAUACAUAAUAAUAAUAUUGACAGUGUUCAAAAUUAUUUAAGAUCAAAUAGUGAAUAAACAAUGUAGUAUAUGUUUGAAUGCUAUAGAUAAUGUUAUAUAUUAUAUAUAUAAUAUAUGUUAUAUAUAUAAUAUCUACAUACACAUUUCAUUA